UAAUAUCCACUCUAGAAUAUCAGCAAAGUUGUUAAAAAUGAAAGCAGAGGAACGCCCACCAAAAGGUAGAACUACGUCAAAAAGUAUCUUCCCUUCCACUUAUAACCUAAUAGGUGCCAAUCACUAGGAUGCACAGGGCACAGUCUGAAAGCAUGCUUUAUAUGUCCAACUUAGCCAUGUAACAAUUUCUAACCAACCUUUUCACCAUUUCAACCGCAUCAUCAAAUGAUGAGUAGGAGACCGAAUAGUCCUCUUUGGUAAUGCCAUCGUUAACUGAAUGUUCGUGUGGUGAAAAAAGGUCUAAUACCACUCGCGCCAUCCCGUCCUUUUUUGGUGCAGCACCCAGUGGAGAACAAUGAAAUGUAAAUAGUGAUGAAGCAAAUGGAACCACCGUAUGUCCCCUCUGCAGCUCUUUCACAAUCGCCUCAUCAACUUUGGUUUCAUACUCUAUGGAAGAUUUUUGUUACUCAUGCAUGAUUUCAACUCAUUGUCCUGAAAACCAAGUUUGAAUCCAUAUCGAAAACCUGAUACGAUACACGAGACUCUCUAAUACGUCAAGCUUAACCGGGUUGUAAUAAGCGAUUUUACAGGACAGAAUUCAUUUGGUACUUGGCCUAGAGGACCUGAGUGUGCAAUGGAGUGCUGGGUGUCCUGACGAUCUACAUGAAGAACACCUGUGAGAGUAGGUGCAUGGGUGUAUGUGCAACUCAGUCCUCUAUUAAAUUCACCAUAGUUGCUCGGAAUUACUUCAAAACUGCUGGGGGACAUUCCAAAAAUGCUGCUCAUCGGCCUUCCCAAACCGUCAACUUCGAGUGUGGCAUUGGUUAGCGAAGUGCCCUACUUCAUUGCAGAUAAAAACAUGCAUAGCUCAACCUGGAAGAUGUAGAUGAAGAUUUUCCCCCAAGCAACAGCAUCCCUUUUUGGCAACACAGGAGCGCCUCUAAGGUGCUGGUUGUAUUACAGGUCAUCAAUGACAUCCCACCUCUUGCUUGUAUCAUUUGCCAGAUGUAUUCUGUGCAGAUUGGGCGAUGUAUGUCUGAUAUCUAACUAACUGCUGAGUUAAAUGUGGUAAGUACUGGAACAUACACCCAAGAUAAUAGCUCCAAGCCAAACUCCACGAAGCAUAAUCUUUAAGGUAGCGGUAUGGUAAAUUACACCUCUUCUGUAUAAAGCAUUUUUUCCAACUUUCCUUUUAAAAAAACAUUAUAAAAGUAUAUAUGUACUUGUUAACAAAAGUUUGUUCUACAAUAUUAUGAAAAAAAAAAUUAAAAUAUUGUAACAGAAAAAAAAUAUAGUCGAAAGUCUUAAAAAGUGGGUGUGGCCAACUGUGAAGGGAUUUGUCUCAAAAGUAUACAAGUUUUCAGAAAAAAAAAUAUGUCCACAUGUUCAGCAUAGUCUGAAUUUAAAUCGCGUGUCUCAUUUUUUUCUCAACUUUAAUCGUUUUAAAAAUAUGCCGUAAAACAUCUAUAAGAUCAUAAAAAUAACACUCAAUUUUUUUUCCUUUUUCUUUCAAUCACUUUUGCAUCCGAAUCCGCUGACCAAAAAUUAAAAUGAGACACGCGAGUAGAGAUCAAACACUCGUGAAGCCGAAAACGAAAGUUUCAUGACGUCAUCUAAUGUAUUUUUGAGACAGAUCCCUUUUAAGAAGAGUACGCAACCGAAAAUUUUACGAAAAAAUUAUUCAGAGAUAUUCGUUAACGAAGUUUUUUCUUUCGACCUGUGAUUGUUUACAAGAAAUUGAAAAGAGAAUAUUUAAUUAUUCAUUAGUUAUUUAAAGUGAACUUGCGGAACUCUUAUUCAACAUUUUUUUUGCAUAAGAAUGCCCCCGUCAUAAUAAAGCAAAAUUAAUAAUUCUCAAAGCAUUUGUUUCUAAUAUGAUGAUAUUUUUUCUCACGUCAGGGGGUUUGAGGGUAAAAUAUGAAUAUAAAUGUUCAAAAACAGGAAAUGUAAUAAUCGAGAAUACGAUUCUGUUCAACUUUCAUUUUUGUUUUGUGAAAAUAUUUGUUACAAUAAGAAUAUAAAAAUGCCAAAAGCAAAUAAAACACUGCAGAAAAAAAACAGCGAGGGAAACCCAGGCAAUGUUUUUUCGUUGGAAGAAGAAGUUGGAAAAAACAUGAGAGAUGCAGGAUACGAUGGCAGCCUGUUCAUUUCUGCACUAAAAGAUGCCGUAAAAAUUAGAAAGAAAAGAUCGAAAACACCAAGAAAAAUUCGAUUUUUUUUUUAUUGCUAUUGGGCUAGAAACCUCUUGAGAAAAGAAGUAGGACCGGAAAAUCCCGAGUAUUCAUUUCCACCCUCGAUACUAUCCUAUCUUCGAUCCCUCUGUCCAGGAGAUAUAGUAGGCGAAUUUAGAGAGAACGCAUACAAAGUUUCAAUGACAGAAUUCUGCGAUUCUUUAGAACUUCCCCUAAUAACAGUAUGAAAUAUAAAAAAAUAUAUAUAAAAAAUAGGUUACUUUUCAAACAUGAAAAAUAUAAAAUACAUAAA